UAAUUUGGAUUUCAUAAAUAUUUUCCUUUUUAACUAUCUUAAAAUAAAUAAUAAUUAAAUAAACGAGUUGUAAAACCGCUUAUCAUUCGUGAUAAGAUAGCCGGAUGGCGCUCCCGCGUUUUCGAUCACCCCCGGAGGUACCAAAAUCCAAGCUUCUCGUUCUUGUGCCGAAUCGGACGCUACUUGAAUUUUCCAGCUUUUUCCGAGUUUUAUAACAACCGGCGAAAUGAGCCAAAAGCGAGAAAACAGCUUUGGGGCUUCGGCCAGCAAAAAAGCCAGGCUACAACAUGAAGAGGAGGAGGAUGUCAGCUCUUUCGAGUACACUCUGUCUUGCUUAAGUGAAUUGAUGGAUCCUAAUUUAGAGUCUGGCCUGGACCUAUUGCUGGUUGGACCAAAUUCAGAAAGUGCAAAUCAAAAAUGGAAGCGACCGGAUCCUCCUGUUCUCAAUCCAAACAUAGACACCAUCAGCUUCCAACAGUUGGAGAUUGAUCAUUACAAUGGGAAGCCAGUUCAUGGGAUGCCAGGCAGCCAGGUUGAGCCUGUGCCUGUGAUGUGCAUAUACGGAGUGACGAUGGAAGGAAACUCUGUGUGCUGUCAUGUCCAUGGUUUCACUCCGUACUUUUAUGUCUAUGCUCCUGAAGGUUUCGGUUCAGAGAAUCUAGAUGAUUUUAGAAAAGCACUCAAUGCUGCUGUGCUAAGUGACCUGCGCAGCAAUAAAGAAAACAUUUCUGAAGCAGUCGUCCUUGUAGAAAUUACCAAGAAGCACAACAUUUACGGCUAUGAUGGAGAAGAUCUUAAGACGUUCCUGAAGAUUUUUGUAGCGUUACCUCGUCUCAUUGCUCCUGCCAAACGGUUGCUUGAAAAGUCCACCAUUCUGCCUCAGUUCGAUGGGCAUUACUAUAAAGCAUUUGAAUCAAAUAUUGAUUUCGAUAUCAGAUUUAUGGUGGACUGUAAUAUCACUGGUUGCAAUUGGAUUGAACUCCCACCGAAUACUUGGACACAAAGAAAACCGGGUUCUCAGUUCCAGCCUGUUUCGCGCUGCCAAAUUGAAGUUGAUAUUGCUUUUAACAAAUUGGUAUCUCAUGAGCCGGAAGGUGAAUGGGCGAAAGUAGCGCCAUUCAGAAUUUUAAGCUUUGACAUAGAAUGCGCAGGGCGCAGAGGAAUAUUUCCCGAGGCAAAUAUGGACCCAGUGAUUCAGAUUGCAAACAUGGUCUUGCUACAGGGACAGCAGGAGCCUUUUAUUCGCAACAUUUUCACAUUGAAGCAGUGUGCGCCUAUCGUCGGAAUCCAGGUCAUCAGCUUUGAUAGGGAACAAGAAAUGCUCGAGAAAUGGGCAGAGUUUGUGCGUGAGGUGGAUCCAGACUUGUUCACUGGCUACAAUAUCAACAAUUUCGAUUUCCCUUACCUCAUCAACCGUGCAAACCACUUGAAAUGCAAAUAUUUUACAUUCUUGGGUCGAAUGAGGGCCGUGAGGUCUGUUAUCAAAGAUCAUGUGAUUCAGAGCAAACAAAUGGGUCGAAGGGAGAAUAAAUAUGUUAAUUUUGAAGGACGGACAUCUUUUGAUUUAUUACUUGUUUUAUUACGUGACUAUAAACUAAGAUCUUACACAUUGAAUGCAGUGAGCUAUCAUUUCCUCCAAGAACAGAAAGAAGACGUUCAUCACAGCAUCAUUACCGAUUUACAAAACGGUUCUGAUGUAACAAGAAGGAGGUUGGCCGUGUAUUGCCUUAAAGAUGCAUACCUCCCGUUGAAGCUGUUGGGAAAGCUGAUGUCUUUAAUUAACUACAUGGAAAUGGCCCGUGUGACCGGUGUUACAUUUUCGUCGCUUUUAACAAGGGGGCAGCAGAUCAAAGUGAUGUCCCAGCUGUUAAGAAAGUCUAAAGAGGCUGGAUACCUGUUACCAACAAUGUCAGUCGGUGAAGCGUCAGAUCAAUUUGAGGGCGCUACUGUGAUAGAACCCCUGAAAGGCUAUUACAACGAACCGAUAGCAACUCUCGAUUUUAGCUCGCUGUACCCUAGCAUCAUGAUGGCACACAAUCUUUGUUACACGACUCUUUUAGCUCCUGGCAAAAAGGAUAAACUUGGCUUAUCACAAGAACAGUAUUCAGAAACUCCGUGUAACAACUACUUUGUAAAGAGCACAGUACGCAAAGGCCUUCUUCCACAGAUUUUAGAGAGCUUGUUGACAGCGAGGAAAAAAGCAAAGAAUGACCUUAAGAAUGAGACUGAUCCUUUCAAAAAGAAAGUCCUUGACGGUCGUCAACUUGCUCUGAAAAUCAGUGCAAAUUCUGUUUAUGGUUUUACUGGAGCACAAGUUGGUAAACUUCCUUGUUUAGAAAUAUCUAGUAGUGUCACUGCUUAUGGUAGAAUGAUGAUAGAGAGAACAAAGACCGAAGUCGAACAAAGAUAUUGCAUCAGCAACGGAUUUCAUCAUAAUGCCAUUGUUGUCUAUGGUGAUACAGAUUCUGUGAUGGUCAAAUUUGGUGUUCCAAGUUUAGAAGAAACUAUGAAGCUUGGCAGAGAAGCAGCUGAAUAUGUCACGUCUAAAUUCAUCGCUCCUAUUAAACUGGAAUUUGAAAAGGUGUAUUUUCCCUACUUAUUAAUAAACAAAAAACGUUAUGCCGGUCUUUAUUUUACGAACACAGAGACAUAUGAUAAAAUGGAUUGCAAAGGGUUGGAGACAGUGCGACGAGACAAUUGCCCACUUGUCGCCAACAUGAUGAACACGUGUCUUCAAAAACUCCUCAUAGACAGAGACCCAGACGGAGCGGUGAAUUAUGCAAAACAGCAGAUCAGUGACCUCCUCUGCAACAAACUUGACAUCUCACAGCUCGUCAUUACAAAAGAGCUGGCGAAGACUGACUAUGCCGCCAAACAAGCCCAUGUUGAGUUGGCGAACAAAAUGAAGAAAAGGGACGCCGGGUCAGCGCCCAAACUUGGAGACAGAGUCCCUUAUGUGAUCAUAGCUGCUGCUAAAGCCACCCCAGCAUACUUGAAAGCAGAGGAUCCUAUCUAUGUUCUUGAAAACAACAUACCGAUUGACUCAAACUACUACUUGGAGAAUCAGCUUUCAAAACCGCUUUUGAGGAUAUUUACCCCAAUACUUGGUGAUAAAGCUGAAUCUGUACUUUUAAGGGGUGACCAUACAAGGGUGAAAACGGUUGUUACAUCCAAAGUAAGCGCUUUGGCUAAGUUCACAAGCAAGAAGGUGACCUGCCUGGGCUGCAAAUCAGUGCUGCCUCCUGGACAACAAGAAAAUCCACUUUGCAAUUACUGCGCGCCAAAACAGGCUCAGCUGCUUUGCAGCGAGUUAAACAAGUACAGAGAUCUUGAAGAAAGAUUUAACCGUUUAUGGACACAAUGUCAACGAUGUCAGGAGAGUUUACACGAGGAAGUCAUUUGCACCAACCGUGACUGUCCUAUUUUCUACAUGAGAAAAAAAGUCCAGAUGGAUUUGAUAGCCCAAGAUAAAAUUAUUGAUAGGUUUGGGUGUCCUACCUGGUAAAUUUGUGUUACUAAUGUUGUUUUGUUUUAUUUUAUUGUUUUUUAAAUGUAUAUAUUUUUUAAUAUAACAAUUAUUAUAAGGCAC